AUGUCUGUCGAGCUGCUGACGAAAUUCCUCACGGUUCUGUUCGGGUAUGCCAUGCCGGCGUUGGAGUGCUUCAAGGCGGUCGAGCAGCGGACCGGGCGGACCGAUCAGCUCCGGUUUUGGUGCCAGUAUUGGAUCAUACUAGUCAUCCUGGUCAUAUUCGACGAAAUCGCAGGCGCCCUAAUAUCGAGGAUUCCGAUGUACUAUGAAGUCAAGCUCGCCUUCCUCGUCUACCUCUGGUACCCACAGACAAGGGGGUCUGACAUCGUGUACGAGAACUUCGUGCGGCCGCUGGUGAUGCAGUACGAGCCCAACAUCGAGGAGAGGCUGCGGUACCUGCGGGCCAACGCCGGCGACCUCAUCGUCUUCUACCUCAAGAACUUCACCGACAGGGGAUACGAGCUCUUCCUCCGGGUCCUUGACUUCGCUCAGUCGCAGGCGUCCAGUGGCUCAAGGACAAGGAGGUUCUUCUCGUUCCGAGGGGACCGGGCUGAGAGGCCGAGCUUCGUCGACGACGACUACGUCCACGGCAGCGAUCGGAGGAGCGCGGCCAGGCAGCGGCGACCCCGCGGUGCUGAUUACUAG